AUGACUUUGCGUCAUAAGAGGUUUUUGUUGUUCGUUUCGAGCAGCGGCUGCGGUCUUGCGUCCCGUCAGCUGUCGUCGUCCGCGGAAGACAGGACUGUGGGCAAUCUUUUUGGCGUCAAUAGGUCCUUCGUGAACCUUGUGUACAGAGAGUUCUGCUCCGUGAUUGUGAACAAACUUGAAGCAAAGUUUGUGAAGCUCCCAACCCAGGCAGAACUUCCGGAGCACUUACAUCGGUUUGAGGCUGUCACAGGAUUCCCUCAAGGGUUCGGAGCUUUGGAUGGAUGCCAUAUUGAGGUUUGUCCUCCAAAAGACCAAGGUCCUGAUUACUAUAAUUACAAAGGGUGGUACAGCGUCAUCCUCCUUGCCAUCGUGGAUCACACCUACAAGUUCAUCUAUGUGAACGUGAGAUCACCGGGAAGAAGGCACGACUCGGCCGUCUUCCAGAGGUCCAGGUUGCCAACUGUGCUGAACAGUGAACUAUUCAAGACAUGUGCAGUGACUAUGCAAGGUGUCAGAGUGGGUCCGGCCAUUCUUUGCGACCAAGCGUUUCCCCUGCAGCAACAUCUAAUGAAGCCAUACCCUGACAGGGCAGCAGACUCUCCUGAAAAACAAAACUUUAAUGCUCAGCUGUCAGAUGCAAGAUGUAUAGUUGAAAAUGCCUUCGGCAGAGUGAAAGCACGGUUCCGGAUACUUCUGAAGGGACUUGAAUGCGACAUUGAGAACUGUGGAACAGUAAUUCGAGCUUGCUGCGUUCUGAAUAACAUCUGUGAGGAUAUGAACGACAGUGUAGAAAGCAGCUGGAUGGAUGAAUACCACCACCGCGUCAGGGAAAUGCCGCAACAUUCCACGACCGUCUGCACCGAAGGUGGGGCACGUGUGCGUGAUGCCAUUGCCUCGCAUCUCUACAGUGCAACCUCUUCAUGA